GCGAUUAUUACGCCCGUUACACGUCGUGUAAAAUCAAAGCCUCUUAGAGGAAAUGACAACGGGCUAUCAUUUUGAGGGGAAACGAAUCUUUAAAAAAGAAACUGAACGACGUUAACAUCUCGGUUCAUAACUUGUUUUUUUGUACACAAGACUAUGAACUCGUCUCUGACCUCCGCCGGUGCCGCUCGCUGUCGAGGCUGUCUCCAUUCUGCCCAUAUUCAGGGUUUAUAAUCGGUGGACUUUUGAAAUAGACCUCCAAAAGAGCGCUCUGUGCGCACAACCCUGGAUGGUCAGAACACACCCCCCCGAAGGAUCCUCCAAUCAUCCCCCGCUUGCUUCAGCUGGGCUGCCAAUCCUGUCCACGCAGCCAGGGCGGUAUGGCGACGCAGCGAAGGGAGCUAGACGCCUCUUUUUUUUUUUUACGUUAACAGACAGAGAAGAGCUGUUAAUUGCGCAGCGUCGGAGGAAGCGCACGCAGAAGCUACUAUAGCAAAUAAGUGAAGUUUGUCAGACGCGGGGUUUCGUUUUGUUUUGUUGAGGGGUUAUUUUUGUUGUUUUUUUUCUGUCCCCCCUCUCAGUUGAACGUCAUUUUCUUUUUUGUCUUUGGCACGGCUCCAAGUUGUACGUACAUUAGGAGCACAAGUUUCUCCCGUCCUCUUUUCCUCCCAAUGGACAGGCAUUUGGAGACGGUUGGCGCACCGACUAUGGGAUUAAUUUUGUAAUGUGGAUUGCCAUUGCAUCUCAAGAAAAUAAAGGUCUGUUGCAGAACAAUGUGAGAGGAUAUGCGUCCUGGGUCCUUGCGUUUUUGGAUAUCUUGAAGGUGAUUGGCAACAGUUGAAAGGAAGACGUUAUGAGCGACGGGUUUUCACUCAGGUGUCACGCCUGCUCAAACCGUGGGACCAAUAUGGAUUUGCCUUUACAACCCCCUGUCCCUUAUUUAGAGAAGUUUUAGCGGUUUCACUUUUGUUGUUGAUGUUGUUGUCGUUGUUGUCGUUGCAAACUUUGUGCUGUGCAAGAAAUCGCCACAUUGGCCCGUUGGAUUUUAAAUCGUCAUCUGCCUUUGGAUUGACAACCAUGAGCAGUUGGACUCUGUUGUUUUUGACGCUGUCAGCUGUCAAGAGUGCCCACAUACCUAGGGAGGGAGGAAGAGGUCCACAUGACGUAAUCCCCUUUAUGGAGGUGUAUAACAAGAGUCUGUGUCGGCCUCGGGAGCUGCUGGUGGAGAUUCUCCAGGAGUACCCGGAGGAGGUGGAGCACAUCUAUAUACCUUCCUGUGUGGUGCUGACGCGCUGCGCCGGCUGCUGCAAUGAUGAGAUGCUGCAGUGCACGCCGACCUCCAGCCAUAACAUCACAAUGGAGAUUAAAAGAAUAAAACCCCAAAGGCAACAAAAUGAUAUAUUCAUGAGUUUUACAGAACACAGCGCAUGUGAAUGCAGGCCAAAGAAAGAAGUGAAAGAGCAGAAAGAAAAAAAACCUCGGAAAGGAAAGGGUAAAGGCCAAAAGAGAAAACGAAAGAAAAACCGUGACAAAAAGAGUCGUGAUGCUGUGUGUGAGCCAUGUUGUGAUCAUUGCUCAGAGAGGAGGAGGCGCCUAUUUGUUCAGGACCCUGUAACCUGCCAAUGCUCCUGCAAACACACAGACGAGCAUUGCAAAGAACGCCAACUAGAGCUCAAUGAAAGGACCUGCAAAUGUGACAACCCCAGAAGAUGAGAGCCGGGAGCACCAGAUGUACAUGAUGAAGGAACUUUUUCGAGAUAUCUCACAGCACAGCACUUUGACCUUUUUUGACCUUUGAACCGUAAGCUCUUCUUCUCUGUGGAAAGCAUUGCCUCAGACUGACUGAGAGAGAACACAAAAGAAAGAGUGAAUGAACUUAAACUUCUUCCCAUUGUAUAUCUGUGUGUAUAUGCCAUGAUAAUAGAAAAACGUAAAGAAUUUGUAUGCUGCUAAGAAAACAAAGAACUAAACCUAUCAUUUGAAAACAAAAGCAAAAUGGCCGCCAUGUGGUUUUGCAUUUUACUUGUAACAGGCUUGUGAUGCAGGUGUUGUCUUGUUGUCAAUUCAUUUUAUGCAAUUACUUCACUGGAUAAAAGUCUACUGUGGUUGUGUCAAAACUUACAAAGCGUCUCACAUAUAUAUAUAUAUAUAUAUAUAUAUAUAUAU